AAGACGAACGUCAAAGUUCGUUAACGAGUUGGAGGUCCGGUCAUAAUUUUUACCUUGUAUUAUUAAUUUUUAAGUCAGAGCUCAAUUCCUCGUGCAGCUAUAAUUAACUUCAGUUCGUUGUUACGUAGCUAUUUAACUUUUGAUCAUUCGGUUGAGCUUGGUUCAUUCGUUGGGUACCGAGGUUGGAGUGCCAUGUAAAGCUCUCUUGGGAUUGUUCUCUCCCUUGUUUUGGAAACAAAACUUUUUAUAACAGUAUAUCACGUACCUGAAUUUGCAGCCUGAUAAUGGCAGAUUCAGAUCCUGUCGAAAAUGACGAAAUUCCCAGUGCUAUGGAAGUAGAAGAGCCCUCCGAGGCAGCUGAAUCAGACAGCAGCAAUAACUCUGCCGAUUCCUCGGAUGAGGAUGAUGGUGAAGAUGAAAAGUUGGAGAGUCUCGUCACAGAACUUGAAAGCAGCGUGGCCAGCAAUGUGUUCAACUACAAUGCUCAUCUUGAGCUCAUCAAUGCAUGUGGAAAACUAGGAGAUUUGGAUAAACUACGAUCUGCAAGAGAACAGAUGAGCAAAUACUUCCCGUUAACACCAGAAUUAUGGCUGGCAUGGUUGAGAGAUGAGAUAAAACUGGCCUCAACAGAUCAAGAAUCAGAAAAAUUGUUCAGCCUGUUUGAACGAGCAGUCGAAGAUUACCUAAGUAUUGAGUUGUGGGGCGAAUAUAUUCAUUUCAGUAUCGGCAAGAUGGGUAGCGAAAAUGGAGAAGAAAAGGUUAGAGAAAUAGCAGAGCGGGCCCUCACAGCUGGAGGUCUUCAUGUUGCCAAAGGCGUUCUCUUGUGGGAAGCAUAUAGAGAAUUCGAAAAAGUUAUCCUAGCUCUUUUAGAACAAAAGGCUUUGCAGUCAACACAAUUUGAAGAUGCAGUUUUAGCCCAAAAGCGUAAAAUUGGCUCUAUCUUUCAACGUCAGCUUGCAGUGCCUCUAAUGGACAUGGAGACAACAUACACAGAAUUCAAAACUUGGCUGAACGAGGUUGGAGACACGAACAUAGUUGAUAUUAAAGCAGUCGAACAUGGAUACAAGAAAGCUUUGCAAAAAUUGAGCAGGAUCUUAACCUUCGAGGAGGCUGUGCUCUGUGCAGAGCCUGUCUCUCGGCUUGGAGUUUAUCAACAAUAUCUAGCCUAUGAACAAAAUCCCCGCGAAGGUGGUAACGAUCCUGGGAGAGUCCAAUGUCUUUACGAACGAGUUAUCACCGAUCAUUGUCUUGAAUCACAGUUGUGGCUAGAUUAUAUCAAUUAUGCUGUUUCUACUAUUAAACUGAAAGAAGUGGUUUUAAAGCUUCUACAGCGCGCGGUACGAAAUUGUCCAUGGUGUGCUGAGAUAUGGUUAAUUUAUAUCAAACAGCAAGAACGAUACAAAGAACCAAUUGACUCAGUCACAGGUGUGUUAGAGCAAGCAUUAGUCGCUGGAUUCUCGUCAAGCAACGAUUAUCGAGCGGUGUGGUUGGAGUACAUUUUGUAUCUGAGGCGGACAUACGAUGAGAAAAGUCCUGAGGAACAAAGUGCCUUCGAAGAGAAAAUUAGAACAACCAUUGAACGAGCGUACGAACAUCUGGUUCAAAUGUUCGGGACAGAAGGUGACCCAGAUUGUGAGUUACUUUUGUUCUGGGCCAAAUGGGAAGCUGUCAAGCCAAACAGAAGCAUGGAAAAAGUGCGUCAAAUCUACAAUGAUAUUUUAACCAUUUGCAAAACAAAAUCUAGUCUAUGGUCGCAAUGUUUGACGAUUGAAAGGUAUUAUGGUGAUGAAAAACACUUGCGGAGGCUUUUUGCAAGAGCCUUGGCCACAGACACAGAUUGGCCUGAAGGAAUCGGUACAUUGUGGCUAGACUACGAAAAACUCCACGGCAGCUUAGAACAGUACGAGCACUGUUUAUCUAAAGUUAACGAAAGAUUAAAACAAGAGAGACUGAAGCAAGAGAAACUAUUAGCAGCCAACACGGAGAAUAAACAAAAAUCUGGAAAUGAUCGGUCCAAAAAAGGAAAAAAGGAGAAGGCGGAGAAAAAUGUAAAAAAAGAAAUGAAUGAAGAUAGUGAAGUGCAGUCAAGCUCAUCGAAAGGAAAGUGGGAACAUCUAGGAGCUAAGCGUCAGCAUGAACCGGAAUCUCAAAAAGAUGGUGUAUUUAAAGUGCCAUCUACCGACGGUCCUCCUAGUGAAAAGAAACCAAAAUUGGAAGACUUUGGCGCAGUGGAGCAGCACGAUGCUCAGAAAAACAGUCGGAUGGUCUUCAUUAGUAAUCUUGAUUACUCAGUUACGGAAGAAGAAAUAAAGAAUUGUAUCACAAAACUAGGCUUUCCUAUUCAAGAAUUACGACUUGUUAAAGAUUUCCAGGGACGGUCCAAAGGCUACUGCUAUGUUGUUCUUGAGUCUGAACUUGAAGCCCAGGGAUUGUUAAAAAAAGAUCGGGAAAAAAUCAACAAUCGCCCUAUGUUCAUAUCGAGAUGUGAUCCAGAUAAAGUCGGCCGCUCGAAAGCCUUCAAGUUCUCAACGGAUCUAGAAAAGAACAAAUUAUUUAUCAAAGGCAUACCUGUCAAUAUCAAUGAAGAAGAGUUAACAAAUAUCUUCAAGGAAUACGGGAACUUCAAAGAAUUACGGUUGGCAACUUAUCGCAAUGGACAUUCCAAAGGAAUAGCAUAUGCUGAGUACCAAGAUGAAGAAAGUGCAAAGCUAGCUCUGAUCAAAGCAGAUCGCUCAAAGAUUGGAGGACAAGAAAUCAGCGUAGCAUUUAGUAAACCUCCUGAAAGAAGAAACCAAACCAGUCUGAUACCAAGCAGUGCUCCUCAACCCGUUCAGUCCCUAGGCGGAGGGCCCAGAAGUUACGGAAGCCGAGGGAAAUCACGAACGCAAAUCAUGUUACCUCGGGCAUUGCAGCUCACAGUUCCAGGAUCUACUUCAACAACCGUGCCAAAUGGGAACGGCACAUCUGCUCCAGCAACCAAUGGCGACAGUACUCCCAAACCCUCAGGAACAGCCCUUAGUAACAGCGAUUUCCGAAAUUUAUUACUCGGCAAGAAAUAAUAUCAAUGAGAAGAUUGGAAAUUUGUAAGCUUACCGAGUUGGGUGAAACAUUUCGUCCGGUGCUCCACUGUCUUUGCCGCUCAUCCUUGCUCGGUGAAGAACAUACUUGUCAAGACAAGCUUGAGUCGCAACCUUUUUGAUGUUGUUAUUUGGGCAUAGUCGGAACUCGAAGAAUCCUCGAUGAUUCGCAGUAAGCUCCACCCGAAUCAGCAUUGUUGAGCCCGUCUUCAGUUUCCGUACUAUAACUCCUUGACCGUACUUUCCGCCAGCCUCGUGAGCUCGUGGCUGGAAAAAUGAAAAUUUCAUUGAAGAAUUUUUUAUGUAGUUUUAGGGGAUCCAAAGAUCUCGUUUUAUUGAUUGGUUCCUUUCAUUGAAUCUUAGAGUUUAGAAAGAAUUGAAUCUAAAAACUAUUUUAUAAAUAUUAAAGGUA